AUGUAUGCGCCGCCGUCAGGCUUGGCGGCGGGGCCUGACGGCCGCACGGGCGCCCCUGGGGCCGAGGGCGACCCUUCACAGCAGCUCCAGCAGCUGCAGAUGCUUUUCGCAGGCCAGCAGCAGGCUCCUCAGCCCGGCGCGGCGUACCCGCCGUUCUUCCCGCCGCAGGGCGGCCCGGGGGGCGCGGGUCUCCUCGGUGGAGCGCCGCAGGGCGCGAGCAGCUUCUACCCGCCCGCAGCUGCAGCGCCGCUGCCUGCUGCGGGCCAGCAGGCCCCGAACGGGGCAGAAUUCGCGGGCCGCGCGCUCUACGGCGCGUACCCGCCUGCCGCGGGCGCCGAGGGGGGCGCGUCGCCGGCUGCGGGCUCCGGCAGGGGCCUGGGGGCCGCGGACGGGGCGGAGGCGCACAAGGGCCUCGGCGGCGGGGUCGCGAGGAGCCAGUUCCGCGGGAAGGGCGACGCGCGGGCGGGAGAAGACGCCGUCCGUGCUGCGCAGGAGGAGAUCUCGAAGCUGCAGCAUUUGUUCGCCGGAGGCUCCUACGCGCCGGCGGCGGGCGGGCCUCGGCCCAACGGCAGCAGCGGGCCGCGAGGCGACGGGCGCGGCGACCGCGGCGAGGGCGCGAGCGCCUUCUUUGCAGAGGCCGGGGGCGGAGGCGCGGGAGGGGCGAGAAAUCGCGACGAAGACGACGGGAAAAGCGGCAGAAUGGUCGUGUUCGUGGACUACCCUGCUGCCGCCUUCAGUCUCGUGCCUGAGGACGUCCGGAACUUUCUCUCUGUCUUCGGGACCGUCAAACAGGUUUCUUUGUCACGGAGGCGCGCGGCCGCGGAGGUGCAGAUUGCCCCAGCCUCAGCCGUGGGCGUGUGCGUUCAAGAGCUGAACGAGACCUUCCUGCCGGGGUUGGGCGUCCUGCGCGUCGCGCCACUGACCGCGCGCGGCACGCCCCUGGAAGAUCUGCUGCCGGCGUCUGCAGCGGAUCCCCCAGGCGCGUCGGCGAAGGCGGGCGCCGCCGACUCGCCGUUCGCGGGCCGGCGGAGAGACGAGCCCGCCGCGCGGCGCGAUAGCGGUGAGGGGGGGGCGGGAGGUUCGGAGGCGCGCUUCGGCGGCGACCGCGGCGGAGGGGACACGCCCUCGGCGGGGGGGCGGAGCCGGGACGAGCGGGAGCGGGGCGAGGGCGGGCGGAAACCCGGCAGCGACAGACGCAAGAAAGUCUGCCGCCUCGAACUCGUGGAUCUGUUCACCUACGAGCCGGGAUUCGACGUCACGCGGGCGCUGCUCGGCGACCACAACGGGAAUAUCAGCUACAUCAUGGAUCAGACGCAGCACAAAGUCGACUUGUCCAUCAAAGGCAAAGCCGUCAAUGAGGCUCCCGUCGCCGAGCGCCUGCAUCUCUCGCUUUCGUCGGACGAUCCCGAAGCGUAUGAAAAGGCCCUCAGCAUGGCGGAGGACCUCCUGCAGUCCGUCUGCGAGCAGUUCGUCGCGUUUUGCCAAAUGAAGCACUUGCCGCCGCCGCUGACGGCGACCUUCCGCCGCCACCAGUACGAGCAGCAGGGCGACGGCUCGCUGACCUACUUGGGCGUCACCGAGCGCCCGCCCGCGUGGCUGGGCUCUUCACCCUCACACAGCCCAGCGGCGCGGGGAGGGGCGCCUGGAGCCCCUGCGCUCGCUGCCGGGGUGCCCACUGCGAAUGCGGCCCUCAGUGCGCCCUCUGCAGCGGCGGCAGCCGCGGUCACCGCCGCAGGAUCUCCCGGCGGCGCCGCCAGGUCGCAAGCCGCGCUGGCCGCGGGGGCGGGGGGACUGCCCGGGCCCGCGCCCGCCGCUGGAGCCGCGGCGGCGCUGCCUGCGUCGUGUCUCCUCAGUGGCCCUCCGCCGCACCUGGCCGCGCCCGCGAUGACUCACCCGACAUCGCACCCCGCGGGCGCCUUGCCCCCACCCGGCAGCCAGCUCGCUGUCGUUGGGGCCGCUCCGAUGCCCGCUGCAGGAGCGAUCCCUCCGGGCGGCGCUCUUCCGCCGCCCCUGGGGGCCCCGCCGCUCGCGCACCACCCGCACCACCCUGUGGGUCUGCCGCCCCUCGCGUCUCCGCCCCCCAGCAGCGCGGCUGCGCCGAUCGCUGCCCAUCGGGCGCCGCCGCCUCUCGCGCACUUGCCGCCGCCGGGGGCCGCUCCCCGCGGCGCAGCUGCAGCAGCCCUGCUGGCGCAUCAUCCCGCCCCGCACCACGUUUCCGGGCCUCCGCCCCACCUAAACCCUCUCGCAGGUCCCCAUCCCUUGGGCCUACCGCCCCCGCAUCCGCACCCUGGUGUCCCGCACUUGGCUCCGCCGCCCCAUCCAGGUUCCUUCCUGCCACCCCCUGCGGGCCUCGCCCCGCACCCCUUCGGAGUUCCACCCCACCACCCGGCCGCCGGCGGGGUGCUUGUGCCCCCCGGGGGUCUCGGGGACUUCGCCGCCGCCAUGGAGGCCGCCGCGCUUGCUGCCGGCGCCAGAGGCGGGGGCCGGCGAGACGGGGAGACCUGCACCACCGCGGCAGCUCUCCAGGCGCGUCGCGACGCGGAGGCCGCGGCGGCCGCGGAGGGAGCCCAGUGCGAGGCGAGAGCGGGGGGCGCGGUCGCGGGAGCGUCGGGAGAGGCGACGAUCGGUGAAGUACGGGCGAGUGGCGAUCGUAGGGGGCAAGAGGAGCGGCGCACGCCCCGAAGCGAGGGCGUCUCGCGGCUGUGGCCGCGCGCUGAACGGGCGCACAAAGUUUGA